GGUUGAAGAACCUAUGUUUGUUGCUUCACCAUUUCACAGGACCUUUGAAAGAAAUUCGUCUGCUUGUUGUCUGUUUGUUUAUGUUUAUAAAGCGUUUUACACAAGGAAAGCCCUGUUUUCACGAGUAUGUUUGGCUGUUUUGGGGAGUCACUUUGCAUGGAAAGAAGAAAGUAAGGAGGAAGAAAGGCUUAAAUAGCAGACGUCUUUCCAUUCCCACAACAAUUACACGUACUCAUAAAACAUAUUUACUAUAUUUCUUCAUGAUUUUUGUCCUUUUAUAUUCUUGGUUAGCGUCAACAGUGCCUUAGUCUGUUUGUCGAUGUGAAUAUCUGCAAAUCGUUUAUCGAAAAUGAUUCUGUACACCUUGAUAGUCCGAUCAAAGGAUGGACUUGCCCUGUCGGCCUCAACAGAUUUUAAUGAUGAAGGUCUAAGAGAUGUUAAAGAAAGCAAGAAAUACCUUAAACUUUUAGCCAAAAAGGCAUUUCAGUUUCCUGACAGAUGCAUGCUUCAUACUGGAACACACACAAUUUAUUUGAUUACAGGUCUGGGUGUUUCAUAUCUAGCACUGAGUGACCUAUCAUAUCCCACAGUUUUGGGAUUCAGCUUUUUGAAUGAGCUCAUGAAGGAAUUUCUGGGGAAAUACCAAGCACUGGUUGUGAAUCAAGCUAGGCGACCAUAUUCAUUCAUUGAUUUCAAUAAUGUCAUUCAUUCUGCUAGGCAAAGAUAUAACAAGCCACAAAGCUUAUCAACAAGGAUAAAUUUGACAGAAUUGAGUGACGAAAUACGCUUACGACCACCUCAUAUUAUUUCUCUUGCCGAAGUUAAGCCUUUGAAUGGAUUUCAUUCUAUUAAUAUAUCAAAGGCCACAGUUGGGCCUCCUUUGAGACUGGAGCCCGUCUCUUGGCUUGGCUAUGGAAUAAUUACUAUUGGAUUCAUGCUCUGUAUCAUUGAUUUUUUGAGAGCAGAAGCAUCAAGCUAUUCCCGUUUUCAUGAUUCAGAAGUACAUGCUUUUGUCUUUUGCAUUGAAAGUUUUGUAAGAUCAUUUCAGAUGGCAAUAUAUUAUUUUGGUGGAAGAAAAUAUUUAAAGUACAUGUGGAUCUGUGUUGCAAUUCUGUUCUUAUCAGGUCUAUCAGUGUGUGAUUUAAGAGACAGAUGGCAAAAUGGUCUACGAAUAUUCAUAACUGGCGCUUUGAUAUAUUUGACCAUUCAAAGAAAACAUGAAAUGAGACUUCCAGACUACAAUGUUUAAGAUCCACCACAUUUCAAAUGUGAUCUUGACAGACUACAUACCGUACAUACUUCAUGUAUACAUCAACAUCACUGUUGAAUGACAACUGAUAUGACUACAGGUCAGUAGUUGAGUGCCAGUCUCCUAUGUCAGAUUCUUGGAGUAUACAAUUUAUCUUCAAAUUUUAUAUCAUAAUAUGAAAUAUUAAACAGUUUAUAUUUGUGAGACGAGCUACUUUUCAUCAUGUGCUAGACAAGCCAGUAUUUUCAAACAUCUUUGUGUCAUAAUUUUAUUGUUAGUCAACUCCAAGUUGCAAAACACAACUUAAAAACUAAACUUAGCCAAUAAUUGGACCAAAAGCAUUUGUUGAGUUCAUAAAAUGUGCUGACAAUCUAAAUUUGCAAAACUUAAUUCUGAGUUAAACCUUUUUUUCUGAACAUGCGACUAUAACUUAAUAUGGUGUCAUGGUCUGCCUGAACAGUUUGCAUAAGCUAUGAUUAUUAAAGCAGUAUUUAUAAUCGUCAAUAUCACCAUCAUAAGUUGAAUUUGCAUGCUAUUGUUUAUGGUCGGUUUUCCAUGUUCUCUUUUCCAUGUAUUCCUUUCUGAACUGUUAGUGGUUGGAUUACUCAAUACUUUUAAAGAAACUCGAGACUUCUUAGACUACCCAUUUUAUAUGGUAUGAAGAAAGGGCACCCUUCUCCCGUGAUUUCAGUUGAUGUUCAUGUUCUUACUCAUUCCCAUCUCUAGUCCUGUGAUAUCACUUUAUAAAUUGUGUCAUAAAUCUUAGAUGAAUUGACAUUUUUAUUAUUAUUGCUCUGUGUGCAUAAAGAUGUUACAGUAAUAUGAGCCACUUACUUGAGGGUAGUAGAUCUAUUUUUUGGUAUGUUUUUAGAAUGUGAAAUAGGAACACUUUUAGCAUUCAACAUCCAUAGGUAAUUUUCAAAUGCCUUUGGAGCUUGCAUUCCAUGUGGUUGAUGUAAUUGUUUUACUGAUGUUACCUUUGCUAUUAUUUUAUUUUAGGAAAGAGUUGUGAGCAACAAUUAAAGUUAUCAGUCUAUCUUGUAAUUUAAUCUGUUUCUCCUCAGAAUACUUUUCUAUGAUGUUUUUGUCAUAGGAAGUAGCACAAGUCAUGAGACUAGGGCACAAGUGGAGAUGUGCAGUUUGUCCCUGUUUGCUGUUAUUGCACAUGUAUUGAUCUUUUUGGGGGGCAUUUUUAAACCUAAGGGUAAUAUUUUAAAAAUAAAUAAAAAAUGUUGUUUGUAUUUUCUUUUAACAAAAUGCAGAGAAAUCUCACGAAAUAAAUGUUUUUAAGUA